AUGCAUAUAGAACCGCCCUUCGCCGUGCCCUUCUCGACCUACCCAAGUCCCCCAUCAUUGUCCGCAUCCGAAGCCUCAUACCAACUCUCCGACGACGACACCUUCCCAAUGGAUGCCAACACCAACGUCAAUGUCGAUGGCAUUGGCGUCCUCAACUACCAGCGAGCUAUCGAUAUCGCCCGUAACACUGAGGGCGACCUGGAUCCGACGGUCUCAGCAUAUCUCGAAACGGCCUUGUCAGACAUCUGGGGGCGCAUCAACAUGGAGCCUGAGAACUACAUCAUGUCCAAGGACGAGUUCGCCGUGUUCAACUUCUACCGUUUCCGGUUCGAAGAAAACGGAGUCGCUGAAGCGGCUGUUGCUCGUUACUGGGCUCAUACCUUCGAGGCCCCUACUGCGUCUUCCUAA